GUCUCAGCAGCUCGGCAUCGGGGCAGGACCGUCGCAUCCCGGAUCUGCCAGCCCUUUCAUCCAAAUUCAACAUCUUUGCUUUUUUUCCUCCUUCCCUCCCCUUUUUGGUUGCUGCACCUAAGAGAGCAUUACGGAGUACAGGCUCUGCUGGAGAUCCACAUUGUGGAUGUGGCUGCCAAAACACCUCAGAGGGGAAAGUGACGGACCGAGCGGAACCAAAUCACUGGGAUUUCUUUCAAUUUGACAUCUCCCGUUGAGGAUUCUCCCUCUUUUCACUCUUAAUUUGCAUCAGGGUCCUACCAUAAAUAUUUCCUCUUCAUAUUUGAAUGAUCAAUCCAGGACCACUUCAAACCGAUGCGUAACAGCUGGGAUCUUUUUUUUUCUUGGAAUACCGGAAUACUGCGUAACACAUAAAUCAAGCGUCCAGUUUUUUUGCCACUAAUUGCUUCAUUUGUUUGGAAAUAGCUUGGAGAUAGACUAAAGGCAAUCCAGGACCUUUCACUUUGCUCCCGAGGCGAAACGUCGAUAGCCCGAAGCGCACUUUGCAGUGCGCAAUUCUUCCUCCGAGGACCUGUUUUGCGCUGUCUGCCCAACACUAAAAUUGGCAGUCGAGCCGAGAAAAGGGCAAAAAGGCUUGAGAAGUGUUGGAUUUAAAUCGAUACGCGUGGAAGAAGAAGAAGAAGAGGAGGGUAAAGUUGAUCUCCGUUUGACAUCGACACUGCCGGAUUGGAGCAGAAUGAAGGUUUUCUAAUUGGGAGCACACAGCUUCCUCGGUGCUACAAAUCUGCAUGGAGUUCUAGCCUGCACUACGGAACAAUUUAUGGUUGGCCGCAAAACUCCCCCGGCUGUCGUACCGUUCCCACCUCGCCAUGCUGGCCUGUCUGCAGAGGAGACAGAACCCUCCACCCCAGCACCCAGUGUGUGUCAGCAAGAGCCUGGAGCCACCGCAAUCCCAUGGACACAAAUGUGAGCUGGUGGGGCCUACACAUUCCCCCCGCUACCCCACUGCAGCAGAACUUGAUGCCUACGCUCAGAAGACAGCUAAUAACCCUUUGUCUAUCAAGAUCUUCCCCACCAACAUCAGGGUUCCCCAGCACAAGCACCUUAACCGGACUGUGAAUGGAUAUGACACCACAGGCCAGCGCUACAGCCCCUACCCACACCUCCACACCGGGGGCUAUCACGGCCUACUCGCCAUCGUCAAGUCCUCUUCCUCGUCUUCAUCAUCAUCUACUUCUACUUUUGUCCCAUCAAAAGGUGUUCUCAAGAACUCCGAAGGCAGACGGACUAAGUUGUCUCCAGCCCACAUUGCUGUCGCCCCAUAUCCACCCAGUAGUAGCACUUUAGUCAGUGGCCCCAGCCAGAUGGGUUACCAAACUGGGCCCACAAAGCCUCCAGAGGGACCCGGGUUGUCGGUUCCUCCAAAUGUCACUGUAGCUGGCUCAGUGAUUCCUGUUGCCGGUGGGCGUGGCCUUGCCCUCCCCGCACAGUCCAACCUCCCUUCCAUUCAGAGCAUCAUUUACCAGAUCAACCAGCAUUGCCAAGCCCAGGCUCUGCAGCAGGUUUGUCAGGGGGCACCACCUUCCAAUUCCAGCCCCUCCAAGCAGGGCACGACAGUCAUGGGGGUCUCUUCCAACUCUUCAGGUGGAGGCUACGUUGUGGGAAUGGGUCCACAGCCCAACAUGGUGUACACAGGUCCUGGCCUGCCGCCACAGAACACAGAGGGAGUGAAGAGUGGGGUGUACGCAGAUGGCAUGGACUACAUCCUCUGGCAGAAGCAGCAGCAGCAACAGCAGCAGCAGCAACAGGCCAUGCUCAGAAUGUACAGCGGCGGCAGCGGAGGGGGAGGAGCUAUCAGCAAGUCCCCUGAAAGCUGCAUUCCAGUUGGUGGGAUCAUGGCGGGGCAAGUGUCCUCAUCCUCGUCCAGACCUUACCACAUGACAGCAAGUGCCAGUGGCGGAGGCGGAAUGGACAAAGUCAGCUCCUCCCCUUUGAACUGUGUCGGCAUGCAUGGGAAUUUCUCAGUGGGUCAGUACUUCGCCCCACCAUGGAACAGUGUCCUGGUGACACCCGACAGUGACUGCUACAACCCCCAGGAGCUUCUGGCCAGCUCUACAGGCGGCUCGGUCACAGGGCACAGAGAAGUGGCCUACCCGCACCAUCCCUAUCACCACCACCACCACCACCAUCAUCACCCCGCAAUCGACAGCGGGGGGCGUUUGUGCUGCAGCCUGCCCAGCAAGAGCAUGUGCAACACGUCUGUGCUGAGCAGUAGCUUGCAGUCUCUGGAAUACCUGAUUAACGACAUCCACCCACCCUGCAUAAAGGAGCAGAUGCUUGGCAAAGGCUAUGAGACUGUGUCGGUACCGCGCCUGCUAGACCACCAGCACGCACACAUUCGCCUCCCCGUUUACAGAUAGAGGCACAAAUGAAUCACAGGAAUCGAGUAGUGAAUUUGUAAAGAAAAUCGAAAGUGAGCGUGUGCAGAUUUGCUUUAACAAGCAUAGCAAGAAAAGCCGUUGUCGUGCUGUGUGACCCAAUCUUUGGUGGUUUCAAGUCAGGCAGUGUGAAUCCCAAAUAAAAGGAAAGCGCUAGUGAUUGCAAGUUGGAGAGUUCUCCCAAUGAUCCAUUGUGUGGUUUGCCAAUAGGAAUUUUGGAUUGAUUUGUUUUUCUGUUUCUUUUUUUUUUGUUGCUGAUGUUUUACUUGCCUGAACUUUUCUCUUUUUGUUAUUUUUCUGACAGAAUCACAGCUUGACAUGAAGUUAAAACACCACUCAUAUUCCCCCCCGAUCCCACCUUACAAAUACUAAGGAUGAAGCUACUGUGUAGGUUGUCACUGAAAUAAAUGGUCUUACACGGACCAAAGAUUAGGGCUGCUCACAACAUCCAAAACCCUAAGCAGACACGUACAAAUGGAUAGAAUGGAAAUUAUAGGCAGGACUCUAGUCUUCAAGAAUCAGCAAGUCAAAUUAGCAAAUGAUAGUUAAUGAUUAUUGAUGUUAUAAUUGAUACAUAAAUUGCACUGCUUGAAUCUUGUUAACUUUGAAGUUUGGAAUUGGGUAGUUUGGAUAUUAUAUAUUUAAGAAACUUGAAAAACUUGAACCUAUUUUAUGUUGUUUUAUAUAUUUGUAGGUAUAUUAUAUGCAUUGGCUGCUAUGGGGAAAGGUGUAUCUAAUGCUUUUUUCCACUUGGUUUGUAUGAUUUUAAUAUUCCUCUUCAAGCUAAUGUGCAGUUUCUUAUGUCCCAGUUUGAGGCAUAGUUGCUGCUUCGGUUCUGUAAGAACCUACUGUGUGAGAGAGCUUGUUUUUUUAACACUGGAAUGGACAAUUACCAAGGAGUGUUUGGGCCAUACUGAAAAGAAAAAAUGAUAUUACGCCAGUAAUGAUGCGAGAAUAAAUUUAUAUAUCUUUCAUGUCAUCAUUUUACCAGACUAAAGUUGUAAUAUUUCAAUUAUAGGCGAUACCAAUGUGUAAUGGUAUUGCGAAAAAGGUACAUGCACAUGAUGAAAUCUCUUUUGUUGGGUUUAUUUCAUCAGCCAACAUUACUAAAUUUUCUAUAACAGAGUCAACCCCCGCCACAUUGCGGUUACAAUUUCAUAGCUUCACUCUUAUCACGGUUUUUCAAACAUAUAUUAAUUCAUAAAUCAUGUUGUUUUGUCGACAAUAUGCCUGUUGAAAAUUUAAGCACGUGUAUGUUUUGUCUACAUGAAGCUAUUGCAAGCAGACAAAUUGUUCAAUUAACUAGUAUACAAACAAAAGAUGCAUUCAAAUUGUGAAUGUUAUAUUCUAUAUUGGGCACUCUGUGUCAGUAAUUGUUCUGUAAGACAACAACCAGACUGGAUGGUCAUAACAACAGGCUUUUAUUGCAGGUUUAAAUGAUAUCACUACACACCGAACACAUUUAGUACAACAUACACAAGCUUUUUAUGUCCUUAAUUACUUAAUUUCAACUAUAUUGGGUAGUAAAAAUGUAAAGAUGACUAUUAUUUCAUGUCUACAGGGCUCUAAUUAUGUUGAAACCCACAUUUAGAAGAUUAUAAACAGGUUUUCUAUGCCAUAAAUACAAAAUUAUUAAAUUUAUAAAGAAAUAAUCCUACAACUAUCACAGUCAGGUGUGGAACCAAUUAACUACGAUAAAAGAGGGAUGACUGUAUCACUAAAUGUUUUUUUUUUCUUUUCAGUGUUGCCUUAAUACUCCAUUGUAACAAUAAAUCUUGAAAUACGUAUUUAAAUGGAACCUGACAAAGGCAAGAAAAAGAAAUGUUACAAUGACGAAUGUGACUGGGAGGUUACCGACAUAACCAGACAUGUACGUUUGUUUAACGCGGGUAUGUGGCCGAGUGCAUGUGAGCGCAGAUGUGUGUGUGUGUGUGUGUGCGCGCAUUUUAGCUCUUCAAAAUCCUCAGACUUUUUAUUUUUCUGUGUGUCAUUUCAAGAUUUCUACCACAGUCCUAUAAACAUAUCUGAGUAAUGUACAGAUUUUGCUCCCUUUUUAAUGGAGGCUUGAGUGACUCCUUUCAAAGUGGUAAGUGUAUCACGUCUGCCUUCUCUGUCAGGUUUUAUUCUAAACUACAGAGAAAAAAAAAGCUGAGAAAGACGUGAGUCCUAUUUGGGGAGAUACUAUUCACUCCUCUUGCAAAUAAAAAUGAAAACAAUCAUUUGCUCUUCUUCUGGCGUCAGAUGAAAAGAGACAAGGGUCACUGCUUUUUCGUUUUAGCCCCUGGUAGGGAUGCAUUUAGCCUGGGCCGGUCUUAACUAGAUGAUUCAGAGCGGUGAAAUAUUUAUUAUGACUGUGAGAUUCCCUUGAAUGUACUGCACUUAAAUUACUGCGAUGUUUUAUUGCCUUGUGGGAUUCAAGUGAAAGAGGAAAAAAUUGGAUCAGUGCAGCAGACCUCUGGUCUUGAAAUUAGCAUUUCUUUUGUCAGUGGAAUUUCAAUGCUAAAUUGAAUUUAUUAAAUAAAGAGACAGAUGGAGCUUUGUUGUGGGGAAAUACUGGCAUCAGUCUAGAUUUAUGAAGUGCAAUUAUUAUGACUGUAUGAACAUUUUUUUCUCUGAGCUUACACCAAAAAAAUGUAAACUACAGUUGUCAAUACAUUCCCAAUGUACCACAUCCCUAAUCCUUAUCCUUUUUAUUUUGGUUCUGUUUUGAGGUGUAAAAUAAAUCUCUUUUAAGAAUAUAUGCAGGCCACAUCCUGGCUUUGUUGU